GAAUGGACGACGACGGCCCCCAGGACGCAGCGUCACACUUCCAGGGGAAGCCUCUGGGGGGAUGGGGGCUCCUCCAGAUCGCCGGAUGCACGGGGCUGGCCGCUUAUUCUGUCUGGGCCUUGGUUCUGAUGCCUGGAUUCCGAAAAGUGCCUUUAAAAUUACAGGUGCCUUAUAUACCCGCCAGUACCAAGCAAGUGGCCAACGUGAUGUCUCUGCUGAAAGGUCGCUCGGGGAAGAUGGUCGAUCUGGGAUCCGGCGACGGCAGAAUAGUACUGGAAGCUGCCCGGCGAGGGUUCGGACCCGCCGUCGGCUACGAGCUCAACCCUUGGUUGGUGCGUCUCUCUUACUUUCACGCCUGGAGGGCCGACUACCACCGCAGGGUGUCCUACCGACGGGAGGACCUCUGGAAGGUGAAUCUGCGGGAUUGUAGCAACGUCUCCUUAUUUCUGGCUCCAAGUGUGCUGUCUUUGAUGGAGUCCAAGCUGUUGGCAGAGCUCCCAGCAGACGCCCGCGUGGUGGCCGGAAGGUUCCCUCUACCAACAUGGACUCCCAGCAGCAUCGUUGGGGAAGGCGUGGACAGAGUCUGGGCAUAUGAUGUUCAAGCUGUACGGCAAACCACAUCGGCCAAAAAGGAAGACGCCGCAAUUUGAAACCCCCCUCCCCUCCAGACAGAUUGGGACCCCAGGACUGGUGCCGGACUCAUCACGCGGCAGGGGGGGUUCGGAGGCUUCGGAAAUGCCUACAGACAAUUCACGCUGUAUGAGCAGUUUCGUUUGCGGUUCUAUACGGGACUCGUGCAUUCGGAUUCGUACAAGUUUUAUUUUUAACAAAUUUUGUUAAAUUCGUUCAUUCGUAAAAAUGUCCAAAAACUUU